AUGGGCAAUUCCCUCGGCUCAAGUCGUUUAAUAUCCCUGAUCAAGCGAAAAUCCGCCCUCGAGCGAUUGACUUUGCGAGUGCCAAAACAAUUACCCGUAUCCGUGCACCGGCAGCUAUCUCCAGUCGUCAGAGUAACGGCUCUGAUCCCCUACAACAUGCCACCGAGUAAAGUGCGCGUGGCAAAGGCUGCUGCGUCAUCAAAAUCAAAGCCAGAGGUUGAAAAUCCCUCGAACGACGAAGGGGACAGUGACGUAGCUGAACCGGUGAUGGAGUCGAAGAAGUCCGGACCCAAAAGUAAGAAAAAGGCACCAGCAAAGGAGAAUGGGAGUGAAGAAAGGCCGAAGUCGACACGGGGUCGUAAGAAGGUGGAGCCUCAGGAGGAGGAAGAGGAGCUGCCAGAGCCUCCAAAGGCGUCAGGUCGGGGUAAGAAGAAGGUAGAGAUUCAGGAGGAGGAAGAGGACGUGCUACAGAUUCCAAAGCCAACAGGUCGAGGUAAAAAGAAGGCAGAGGCUCAGGAAGAGGAAGAGGAAGAGCUGGCAGAGCCUGCGAAGUCAUCAGGUCGAGGUAAAAAGAAGGCAGUGCCUUCUGAGGAGCCGGCAGAGGAUGCAGAGCCCAAAAAAACCCGAGGCAAGAAGAAAGAGGCUUCCGUGGAGGACAUGGAGACAGAGGAGGCCCCGAAGAAGUCAUCUCGAGGCAAAAAGAAGACUGAGGCUGAUAAUGAAGAUCAGGGAGAGACCAAGCCCAAGCCCAAGGGGAAGAGAAAGGCUGGAUCUGCGGAGCCAGCACCACCAGAGACAGAUAACAAAUCUCCCAAGAGGCGAAGGAAGGCGUCUGAGGAGCCUGAAGUAGUGUCUGAGGUGGCAGUCAAACGUGUCAGAAAAACUAAGGCAGAUGUUGCUGAGGAGGCAGUAGUUCCUGAAGAGGAGACAGAGGAGAAGACGACAGGCAAGAGGGCAAGGAACGCAGCGACAAAGGCUCCAAAGGGCGAUGAGGAUGAGGAAAAACCAGUCAAACGAGGACGAGUAGCGAGGAUAAAGGAGAAGACGACAAGGGCCAAAAAGGGGGAGUCUGGGGACGAUGACGAAGAGCCAGCAGCUAAGAAAUCAAAACCAGAGGAAAAGAAGAGGACCAACAAGGUGGAUACUAACCUGAAUGAGGUGGACUUCGAAUGUAAGAAGACCAAUGCCAAAGGAGAGAUUUCCAACCUGAAGAUCGCCGCCUGGAAUGUCGGGGGCAUCAGGUCCAUUACAGAUAAAAAAGGGCUCAACUACUGUCUCAAGGAAGACCCUGAUAUUAUCGUUCUGCAGGAGACCAAGUGCAGGGAGGGAGAUUUACCUGGGGCUUGGAAUAUUCCAGGGUACAAAAGGUACUGCGCUGAUAGUCAUAAAGCUGGAUAUGCUGGGGUCGCUCUAUUCACGAAGAAAGAACCCCUUGAUGUCAAGAUGACUAUGGAUGGUUCACCAUGCAAUGACGAGGGGAGGAUUAUUACAGCUGAGUUCGAGAAUUUUUAUGUCGUUGCUGUCUAUGUUCCCAAUGCUGGCAGGGGACUAGUCACAUUAGAUAAGAAGCUCCAGUGGAAUGAGUCGUUCAAGAAUUACAUGACAAAGCUGGAUGAGAAAAAACCAGUGAUUGUUUGUGGGGACAUGAACGUCGCUCAUGCGGAAAUUGAUCUCGCUAAUCCAAAGACAAAUACCAAACACGCUGGGUUUACCAAGGAGGAACGAGAGGGAAUGACUGAUUUCUUGGGAGCUGGGUUUGUCGAUACAUUCCGACACUUGUAUCCUGACCAGACUGGGGCUUAUACAUUCUGGUCGUACAUGUCUGACUCCAGGAGCAGAAAUGUCGGAUGGAGGCUGGAUUAUUUCAUCGUUUCAGAGAGAAUCAAGGAUAAUAUCUGUGACAAUGUCAUCAGGAAUAAAGUCUUUGGGAGUGAUCAUUGCCCUAUUGUACUUUUUGCCAAUUUGUAAGGGCUCGUAUGACGAUGGAUACUGGAAGUGUUUUUUUUUUAUUCGAUUACUACUUUACUGAUAUUGAAAUAUUUCGGACUCAAGUUUCGAGGAUGUAUGUUUAGUUUUGAAGUAUCUUGUGGUUUUUUGUUUUCAGUCUUGAGGAGAGUCUGUAGUGAGUGUGUCAGAAUGUACUGGCUGGAGCCAUGAAUUUCUCUGGAAAAUAUACAUGUAAUUUUUCAA